GUCCCGGAAUUAUUCUUUCCGGUUUUGUUGGGUUUUACUUUUCAUUUUUAUUAACUGUAUUCCGGGUGAUCUAAGGCAUCAGUGCCAACCUCGUGGGUUCCAGAACCCAGCAUAUUUUACUAUCUUUAAAGCCACCUAUGAAUUUUUCACCCUCUCCGGGGGUUUGGAUGCAAUAAAACCUCGAACAUUGCACAGUGAAAAAUUCAUAGCCGAGCUAGUGAUUAAUUGAAUGGAAGGUUCAACGACAAACAUCAGCCAGAUAAGUCCACCUUCAGCCAUGUCUUCAGGAAGAAGGUCUUCCUCCAUAGCUUCAGAGCUAGCCAGACACCGGGCCAAACUAGAAGCGGCAAAAGUGCGGGAAAAAUAUCUACAACAAGAAUAUGAAAUGGAAAGACAAAAAGCCAUACUUGACCGAGACCUUAAGGUACUUCAGUGCAAAAGAGAGAUGGAGGAAGCACAGAUUGAAAUGAACAGUCUAGAAGGUUUAGAUGAAGUACCUGAUGAGAAUUUUACAGAUAAAGAAUACCAAAACCUUCGGCAAGUUGCUCAGGAGAGAGUCGAGGAGUUUGUACAACAGCAGUCAGAGUUGAAGACUGGAUCAGAGAAAAAGGAACAUAGUGUCGUACCAAACAACAUUACACUGUCUCCUAUGGCGCCGGCAUUCGUCCCAAAACAAGACUCGAGCAAUGGACAUAUUAAUGAAGUGUCUAAGUUCCUUGCAAAGAAAGAUUUAUUGUGGUGUCGACUCACAAAAUUUGACGACCGCCCAGAAUACUUCACAGGAUGGAAAACAAGUUUUAAAAACAUUGUGAGUGAACUGAACUUAACAUCUUUGGAAGAGAUAGAACUAUUGAAUAAGUGGUUGGGACCAGAAUCAGCGAGAUAUGCACAAAGCAUAAGGACCGCCAGUGUGAAUCCGGAUAUCGCUUUAGCCCGACUAUGGGAACGCCUGGAGGACAGAUACGGUAGGCCGGAAAUGAUUGAGGCAGCCUUAAAAAACAAACUUUCAGCCUUCCCGAGACUCAGUAUUAAAGACAACAAACGAUUAUACGACCUCGUGGACAUUGUGUCAGAAAUAGAAGCAGCAAAGGAAAUUCCACACCUCUCUUCGCUUUUCGCAUACUUCGACUCAUCAAGUGGAGUGAACCCCAUCGUGUCAAAACUUCCUUACCAAAUCCAAGAGAAGUGGACCAGGCAUGCAAACAGUUUUAAAGAAAGUCACUACAUGACCUUUCCACCCUUCCAUGUUUUCUGUAAAUUUCUCCGUGACACGGCACGAAUGAAAAAUGAUCCAUCCUUUUACUAUGACAAUGUGAUUGAGAACGCCAAAGUUGAUGGAAGUCGACGAAAGCCAACAGGUGCAUCAUCUGUCGCUACAAGGAAAACUGACACAAAUGCUUCAAGGCCCAUGGACAAGACGGAACACACGCAACUGUGUCCCUUACAUGAGACUGGCCAUUCACUGAACUCUUGUCGUGCCUUCCAAAAGAAAACUGUUCAAGAGAGAAGAGAAUUCCUUCGAUCAAAGGGAAUUUGUUUUAAAUGCUGUGAAGAGAAACAUCUGGCCAAAGACUGUCAGAAAAGAAUGAAGUGUAACAUCUGCAAGGAGCCAGGACAUGCCACUGCCCUGCAUGUCGAGAAACGCGCAAGCGACACUGAAACUGAUAGCCAGGUAAAGGCCGUAUGUACACAAAUUUGCGGAAACGUGCAUAAAACUAGCAAAUCCUGUGCUAAGACACUCUUGGUCAACAUUCACCACGCAAACAACCCAAACAAGGUGCUACGAACGUAUGCGAUAAUUGACGAACAGAGCAAUCGAUCUUUAGCAAACAGUUGUUUCUUCAACUUCUUUGGCGUGGAAGGUCCGGACGUCCAGUACGAGCUUACCUCAUGUUCGGGGCUGUCUACCCAAACUGGAAGGAGAACGGCAGGAUUCAUUAUCUCAUCUUUGGACGGAAAAUCUAGUCUUCGUCUUCCAUCAUUGAUGGAAUGCAACUAUAUCCCAAACAACCGUGAUGAGAUUCCGACACCAGAGGUCGCAAGGUCUUACAGACACAUGAGGGACAUUGAGGAGGAAAUACCCCCCUUAGAUCAGGACGCAGAGAUAACAUUGCUGGUUGGCAGAGAUUUGUUGCCUGCCCACCACAUUUUAGACCAAAGACUGGGAGACUCCGACUCUCCAUUUGCUCAAAGACUACACCUAGGGUGGGUAGUGAUUGGUGAGGUAUGCUAUGGGGCCUCACAUUCUCAGGAAUCCUUGUCAGUGUGCAAGACAUAUACUAGGACCAAUGGACGUACGUCUCUCAUGGAAACUUGCGAAAAUUCAUUCCAAUUGAAGGAAACAGACAUAUUUGCUAAGACGAAGCAUGACGACUCACCAGGCCUCUCCAUAGAGGAUAAGAAGUUCGUUGACAUCAUGGAGCAAGGUUUUGAAAGAGAUUCUGAAGGAUGUUGGUGUGCACCACUUCCAUUUAGAGAAAACAGACGGCUCCUUCCGAGCAAUAGAAUUCAUGCACUUCACAGGGCAAAUCUACUUACUAGAGGACUUCAAAAGGACCCAGACAAAAAACGGCAUGUCGUGGAAUUCAUGGGCAAGAUCCUGGAUAAUGGUCAUGCUGAGAUUGCGCCACCACUUUCUUCUCCAGAGGAAGAACACUGGUACCUGCCUCUUUUUGCAGUUUACCACCCCAAGAAAGGAAGCGUCAGAUGCGUGUUUGAUUCAUAGGCACAGAUUCAAGGACUCAGUCUCAACAGCAUUCUCUUGACCGGACCAGACUUGGUUAAUAGUCUACUUGGAAUCCUGUUAAGGUUUCGCCAGUUCCAGGUAGCAGUGACAGCAGACGUAGAACAGAUGUUUUACCGUUUUUCUGUUCCAGCAUGUCACAGAAACUACUUACGAUUCUUUUGGCACAAAGACAACGAUACAGAGAAAGAACUUACAGAGUACAGGAUGAAGAGACAUGUCUUUGGGAAUAGUGCAUCCCCAGCGGUAGCUACCU